GGGGCCCCAUGGGGCAGAGAAAACGUGGGUGGGCACCGGGCGAAGAUGAAUGGAUCUGCCGGGCGUGUGUUUAGGGGGCAGAUGCGUUUUGUGCCUUCACGGGGAGUCCCGGCGUGAGCAGACAGUGCCUACACUCAGGGAGCAGCGGCCACUAAGACAGCAAUUGGAAGGUUCUAGAACAUGCCCUAGAGGGCAGGGCUCAGGGCACAGUGGAGGGAAGGUGGGUCUCCCCCAGGAAGUGACAUCCCACCUGGGACCUGAAGUCCUGCAAGGGUCCGCAAGGGGAAAGGUGGAGAGGGAAGAAGGGGAAUGUUCCGGGCAGUGGGCGGUGGGAUCUGAUGAUCGUCUGCCCCCUGAGGGCAGGACCUUUUGUCUGAUUUAUUCCCUGCUGACUCCCAGUGACUGGAACAGUGUCUGGCACAUAGCAGGUGCCCAGCAGAAACCUGAGGACUGAAUGGACAUGUGGAGGCCAAGCUGAGACAGCCUGAAACACACAAUUCAUAAUUAGCAAAAUAAUUUAUAACAGCCAACAUUUACCCAGUGAUUACUACUGUGCGCCGAACAGAGUGGAGCUGGACACCCUCAAUUCUAUUCUCACCCACCCUGUGACGGGCGUGUGGGGUGCCAGCUUCAGCAAAUAAAAAUACAGGAUGCCAGGAAAUCUGAAUUCCAGAAAACCGAGCAAUGAGUUUAUUUUUUCAGUGUGUGUCUCAUGCACUAUUUGAGACGUACUAAAAAAAAACCUUCAGACUGUGCGUUCUGUGUUUUGCCUGGCGACCCACGUGAGGCGUUCCCCCGGGUUCUGUAGAUGACCAAACUGCCCACGCUCACCUGCUGUGCACGGCCACACUGGGCCUGGCAUUGGGUCCCCGCUCUCCGGGAGGAUCAAAGAUCCUGCCAACAGGCGCUACGAGGUGCCCUUGGAGACCCCGCGUGUCCGCAGCCGGGCCUCAUCCACACUUUACAGCGUGGACCUCCAGGAGGAGCCCUUCGGGGUGGUCGUGCGCCGGAAGCUGGACGGCCGGGUGCUUUUCUGCAGCUGUCCACCUCUCUGCCGUCCCAGCACAUCACGGGCCUGGCCGAGCAUCUUGGCUCCCUGAUGCUUAGCACCAACUGGACCAAGAUCACCCUGUGGAACCGGGACAUCGCCCCCGAGCCCAACGUGAACCUGUACGGGUCCCACCCCUUCUACCUGGUGCUGGAGGACGGCGGCCUGGCUCACGGGGUCUUCCUGCUGAACAGCAAUGCCAUGGAUGUGAUCCUGCAGCCGAGCCCGGCCCUCAGCUGGCGGUCCACGGGUGGGAUCCUGGACAUGUACAUCUUCCUGGGCCCUGAGCCCAAGAGCGUGGUGCGGCAGUACCUGGAAGUCGUGGGCUCCCCGUUCAUGCCGCCCUACUGGGGCCUGGGGCUCCACCUCUGCCGCUGGGGCUACACCUCCACGGCGGUCACCCGCCAGGUGGUGGAGAACAUGACCAGGGCCGACUUCCCCCUGGACACUCAGUGGAAUGACCUGGAUUACAUGGACGCGAGGAGAGACUUCACUUUCAACAAGGACGGCUUCGGGGACUUCCCAGCCAUGGUGCAGGAGCUCCACCGGAGCGGCCGGCACUACGUGAUGAUCGUCGACCCUGCCAUCAGCAGCUCCAGCCCUCCUGGCAGCUACCGACCUUAUGACGAGGGUCUACGGAGGAAGGUUUUCAUCACCAAUGACACUGGGCAGCCACUGAUUGGGAAGGUGUGGCCCGGAUUUACCGCCUUCCCCGACUUCACCAGCCCCGAGGCCCUUGACUGGUGGCAGGACAUGGUGGCUGAGUUCCACGCCCAGGUGCCUUUCGACGGCAUGUGGAUCGACAUGAACGAGCCAUCCAACUUCGUCAAGGGCUCUGUGGACGGCUGCCCCGACAGUGACCUGGAGAACCCGCCCUACGUGCCAGGGGUGGUUGGCGGGACCCUGCGGGCAGCCACCAUCUGUGCCUCCAGCCACCAGUUCCUCUCCACGCACUACAACCUGCACAACCUGUACGGCCUGACAGAAGCCCUUGCCUCCCACAGGGCCCUGGUCAAGGCUCGGGGGACGCGCCCCUUCGUGAUCUCCCGCUCGACCUUCGCGGGCCACGGCCGAUACGCCGGCCACUGGACAGGGGACGUGUGGAGCAGCUGGGAGCAGCUGGCGUACUCUGUGCCAGAAAUCCUGCUCUUCAACCUGCUGGGGGUGCCGCUGGUCGGGGCCGAUGUGUGCGGCUUCCUGGGCAACACGUCGGAGGAGCUGUGUGUCCGCUGGACCCAGCUGGGGGCCUUCUACCCCUUCAUGCGGAACCACAACGACCUCCACAGCCUGCCUCAGGAGCCGUACAGGUUCAGCGAGACGGCGCAGCGAGCCAUGAGGAAGGCCCUCGCCCUGCGCUACAGGCUUCUGCCCCACCUGUACACGCUGUUCCACCAGGCCCACGUCGGGGGCGAGACCGUGGCCCGGCCCCUCUUCCUGGAGUUCCCCGAGGACCCCUGCACCUGGGCCGUGGACCGCCAGCUCCUGUGGGGAGCAGCUCUGCUCAUCACCCCGGUGCUCGAGGCCGGGAAGGUUGAAGUGACCGGUUACUUCCCCACUGGUACAUGGUACGACCUGCAGACGGUGCCAGCAGAGGCCCUCGGCAGCCUCCCGCCUCCACCUCCCGCACCCGUCACGCCUGCCAUCCACAGCAGGGGACAGUGGGUGACACUGCCAGCCCCACUGGACACCAUCAACCUCCACCUCCGGGCCGGGCACAUCAUCCCCCUGCAGGGCCUUGGCCUCACAACCACGGAGUCCCGAAAGCAGCCCAUGGCCCUGGUCGCAGCCCUGACCACGAACGGGGAGGCCCGAGGAGAGCUGUUCUGGGACGACGGGGAGAGCCUGGAGACGCUCGAGCGUGGGGCCUACACACAGGUCGUCUUCCUUGCCAAGAAUAACACCGUUGUGAACGAGCUGGUGCACGUGACCAGCGAGGGGGCCGGCCUGCAACUGAGGAAGGCCACCGUCCUGGGGGUGGCCGCGGCCCCCAAGCAGGUCCUCUCCAAUGGCGUUCCUGUCUCCAACUUCACCUACAGCCCUGACACGAAGGCAAGAGCCCCGCAGAUGGGGCCAGAGGGCUUGUCCCCAAGGAUGGCAGGGGCAGGGGGAGGUACCAAGGACCCUGGGGACCCGGUGCCGGCCGGCCGGGCCGUACGAGGGCAAAAGGACCUUGGUCCCCAGGGAAGGACAGGCCCCCUUGCGGCUUGGGCCUUUCCUCUGCCUGUGUCCACACCGAUGGUGACUCAUGGGCCAUGCUGAAAGCAGACUCAGCCAGCGAGGAACAGAGCCAGAAGCCUCCAGGGGCUGGGGCAGACCCCGAGGGCACCACCCGCCCAGGCCCAGGCUCCUGUCUGCCAAGCACUCGGGCCUCACCUCUGUCAACAACGGUUUGGCGGUCACGUUUUCUUUUUUCUCUUUUUGCAGACCCUGGACGUCCCUGUCUCACUGACGAUGGGAGAACAGUUUGUCAUCAGCUGGUCUUAACCAGGGGCCGGUGGUGCGUUGAUCCUUUACAGGAAAAGACGGGACUUCGCAGCGACCCCAGCACCCGUGCUCUUAGUCAAGAUGUGGGGGGCGGGGCUCAGGGUCGGAAGCAGUUGGCCCACGUCUCACGGCGGACGUCCCUCCAAUGCCCAGAUCUGCCUGUGUCUACCUCCCGGGCCCCAGGGCUCUGGGCCAGCAGCACGCCUGUUUGCCUUGUGUUUGCAACGCUCUCCUGGAAGGUUUACCUCCCCGCAGCCUGUCACCGGAACGUGUAUGACGUCAUCCGCCGCCUGCCCAGGACGGCAGAAGUGUGCUCGGGGUGAGGACGCUGUCCCUGCACCCCAAGGUCACGCCAGAUGAAAGGACAGAGCUGCAUGGCCACUGUGGACUGCCGUCUGGGCAACCGCGCCCCGGCAGCCACUGAGGCUGCCUGCCGGCAGGAGGGCGGCCACGGGGCCUCCAGAAGAUUCGCAGGACCCGGGGAAACCCUCGCUCCAAAGUGCAAUUGUGUUUAAUAAAAGGGGCAUUGCAAUCAA